CGCAGACCAAAGGAACCACUGCUCUGCCAGUUCAGCUGACAACAGCAGCAGCUCGGCAGCCGGGGGAUGAUGGCAGACUCUGGAAGUAACGAAGAAGUGGCUGUGAUCGGUAACACCGACAUCACUUCAACAGAAACCGAGAGCAACAUUAUCAACACGAUGGUGGAACGAGGGACAGCUCUGUUGAGGAAAAUGGAGAUAAACGUGGCAGAAGCAGAGAAGAGAACAGGGAAAAACACCGUUAACAUGCAGGAAACCUAUACUGUCUACCUCAUAGAAACACGGCCAGCUGAAACUGUUCCAGGCGGGGGGGUGCCUGCAGCACCUGACACUCUGUGGAGACGCUACAGUGAGUUUGAGUUACUCCGAACAUUCCUCCUGGUCACCUACCCCUACAUCAUCAUCCCUCCACUCCCGGAGAAAAGGGCGGAGUUUCAGUGGCACAAGCUGGCAGCAGACAACCUGGACCCAGACUUUGUUGAGCGACGGAGGGUCGGCCUGGAAAACUUCCUGCUGCGUGUUGCAUCACAUCCUGUCCUUUCCAAUGACAAGAUCUACUUCCUCUUUCUGACAGAGGAGAAAGGAUGGAGGGAGGCGGUUUUGGAGACGGGAUUCCAGGAUAAGGUUGACUCCAGACUAAAGUCUCUGAGUGCCAUGUUCAGAGUCAAGAACCCUGACAAGCGAUUCACAGCAAUGAAACAAUACAGUGAUGAACUGAACACUGUCAUCUCUCAGUUACUGAGGGUGCGGGCGAGAGUCGCAGACAGGCUGUAUGGAGUCUACAAGGUCCACGGUAACUACGGCAGAGUAUUUAGCGAGUGGAGUGCUAUUGAAAAAGAGAUGGGAGACGGGCUGCAGAGUGCUGGCCACCACAUGGACACGUAUGCUGCACAAAUAGAUGACAUUCUGGAGGAAGAAGAACACUAUGCAGACCAACUGAAAGAAUACCUUUUCUACACUGACGCCGUCAGGUCAGUAUGUAAGAAACAUGAGCUGAUCCAGUAUGAGUUGGAGAUGGCAGCUCAGGAACUCAUCUCUAAGAAACAGCAGAGAGAAGAGCUGGCUACCGGGACAGUACGUGUGUUUUCCCUGAAGGGCAUUACCAGUAAACUGUUUGGCACAGAGAGCCAGGAGCAGAGGGAGAGCAGGCUGGCUGCUCUGGAGCAGAGCAUCCAGGAGGGGGAGGAAACGCUCAAGGAGAAGAACACAGAGUGCAAAGAGUUUGUUCAAAUGGCCUGGGAAGACAUUGAACGUUUUAAGGAGCAGAAGGACAAAGAUCUGCGUGAAGCACUCAUCAGCUAUGCCAUUAUGCAGAUCAGCACGUGUAAAAAGGGAAUCCAGGUGUGGUCCAACGCCAAGGACUGUUUCAACAAAAUGUGAGCCGCUUUCCAGCCAUUCGCUCUCUUGAAACAAAACAAUAGUCAAUCACAUUUUCCAGAGUGGGACCAGCAACCAAUCCUUAAACUGCCUUCAAAUGGAGAUGGAACACAGGAGCCUUAAUACUGCCCUCACUUUGUUAGCUACGCUGAAUGAUUCUGUUUCUUUUUCACUCUCUUUCCGUCUCACACACAUGCACACACACAUUUAUUUAGAGACAGUUUCCAUGUCAGUCCCAGCUGUCCUAACAGCCUCAUUCUCCUGGCAUUCUGCUGAUGUGGUUUUCAGACUCCACAUGAUCCAAGUUUUCAAUACUUAUUUCCUCUUUUUUGAAAAACUGACAUCAUGAACAAGAGGAAACUCCUGCACUAAUAAUAAUGCAUGGUGAUUGCACAUUGGGAAUGGCUGUGCAAUGAAUUUGGGUUGUUACAAUUAUCUCUCAUCCUUAAAAUAUGGAAAAUGUAUUCACAAGAAGGAGUAUAUUUCAGUCAGUUUUAGAGAUCAUGCUCUCUUACGACGAUGUUUUAAAAGGAGGUAAAGACUGAAAAAUACAGCACCAAGCUUGUUUGAAUAAAAAAUCUAAAGGAUAUCAUUUUUAUGUUGAUAAUUAGAAUGGCAUUUAAAUGUUCUUUCAGCAAGAGCAUCUAUGUCCCUGGGCCUUCCUUAAUGCAGCAGAGCUUUGCAUUGAGAUAAAAGGACAGACAUUCAGGUAUCAAUGUUAGAAUUGUUGCCAGGAAUAAUGUUUUUCAAAAUACUUCUACCACUACUUCUUCUCAGCCUCGAAAGAAGGUGUAAUCCUUUGAAGUUCAUAAUAAAUCAGAACGGGAAGUCAAAAUUGUGAGGCAUGGGGACAAUAACCACACUUAAGAAAGUUACUACACAUUAACUUCCUUUUUCUUCUUAAUUUCCAUUUCAGUCUUUAUGCUGUUUUUGAACGAUAGCCGACCAAAGUGCUUAUGACCAAGAGCUAGUCUGUAUAUUACAGAUCACGGGUGGGGAGCACAGGAGAGGUGUUGACUAGCUUUGGGCAGUUUUUGUUAUAUUGUUUUUGUUUCUUUUAUGUGCCAAAAGCAAAUAACCAAUAAUAACAUACAGUCAUGAAGGCCUCACUUAGGUUUUAGUUACUGUGGAUGCUUUCUUUGAGGACUGAGACAUGGCACUGCUAUGAAUUAACCAAUCUGCAAACAAUAGUGUUGUGAAACGCAACCGGUGCUGAAAAUUGAAUAAUUGUGCCUUUUUCUUUGCUGUCAAGCUUUAUUGCCUUAAAAUGAACAUGGGUUUUGUACAACAGGGGAGACACAAAAUGUGCCUCGCCCCUUUUUCUGAUGUUAAGGUACUGGACUGAAUACUAGACAUGGGUUUUGAUGCGCAUGCCUCAGGUCAAUGGUUAGGAAAAAUACUGACCAAAUAGUGGAAACCUUUAACUACAAAUACGUCAGUAACUCAAAUUCUCGCUAAAUACAUAUGCUAUAAACAAUACAUGUGCUACUUUCAAUAUCUAUCUAAGGACAGAUGAGUGCAAAAGGGUCAUGUAAAAGUUGUGCAGAGAUUUGUUCUCUUUGUUAUCCCUGCUCUUUCUUAACAAAUCAUCAGACAUACUCUAAUUUCCCAAAUCAAGGCUUUUUGUAUGUUUUUUGUAUUAACUUGUUCAAUAAGAGAUUGUUUAAAUGUUUAUUUAAUCAUUGUGCUAUGACACUAAUAAACGCAUUUCUUUUUUAAAAACGA